GUGAUGACGUCAUUUGCAUGCCAAGAUGGCGGCGGCGGAAGCAGAGGACGGUCAGCUGAGCCCGAGAGCCAGCCUCUCACACGGGAAGCCUCUUCACCCGGGCACGGCCAAUCGGCCUACACUCCAGACUUACGCGGACGAAGCCAUUCUGAUAGACGAGGACGUAGACUACGCGGCCAAGGUGGCUGACAAGCGCCCGCUGCCGACCGUGGUCGUGCAGGACAUGUCAGGGGAAAUGGAGCUGCUGCCCGUGAAGUCCGCCAUGUCCAGCCGCCGCCCGCGCUCGCCCUCCACGUACAUCCCCGACGACCCCGACUUUGUCCCCCCUCCCAGCGGGAAGCGGAGGAUGUCCCGGGACGUAACGCCGCGCCGAAAGCAAAUCAGCUUCAUGGACGAGCGCCGCGGGAAGACGCCGCCCAAACGGUCGUCGCGGGGGCGCAGAUCGGUGUCGCAGUCGUCAACAGACAGCUACAGUUCAGCGUCGUAUUCCGGGAGCUCAUCCGAGGAAGAUGACGUCUCGCCCAGGGAAAAGCACCAGACCAACGCCAAAGGGUUUUCUGACUUUUGUGUCAAGAACAUCAGACAGGCUGCCUUUGGGCGCAGAGAGAUCGAGAUUGCUGAACAAGAGAUGCCAGGUCUGAUGGCCCUUCGGAAGCGAGCUUCAGGAGACAAGCCUCUCCAGGGAGCCAAGAUUGCCGGCUGCACACAUCUCACUGCACAAGCUGCUGUACUAAUAGAGACCCUGGUGGCCUGCGGUGCCAGUGUGCGAUGGUGUGCCUGUAACAUCUACUCCACACAGAACGAGGUGGCCGCGGCACUGGCUGAAGCAGGAUAUCCCAUCUUUGCCUGGAGGGGGGAGACAGAGGAUGACUUCUGGUGGUGUAUAGAGAAGAGCAUCAGCAAUGAGGGCUGGCAGCCAAACAUGAUCCUGGAUGACGGGGGUGACCUGACCCACGUCAUGUUCAAGAAGCACCCUCACAUGUUCGGCAUGAUCAAGGGCAUUGUGGAGGAGAGCGUCACUGGUGUACACAGAUUGUACCAGCUCUCCAAGUCAGGCAAACUGACAGUCCCGGCCAUGAACGUGAAUGACUCCGUCACAAAGCAAAAGUUUGAUAACUUAUACAGCUGUCGCGAGUCAGUUUUGGAUGCGUUGAAACGCACCACUGAUAUCAUGUUUGGUGGCAAACAUGUGGUGGUCUGUGGCUACGGAGAGGUUGGGAAAGGCUGCUGCUCUGCACUGCGUGGCCUGGGUGCCAUUGUCUGUGUCACAGAGAUUGACCCUAUCUGUGCCCUACAGGCCAGCAUGGAAGGCUUCAAGGUGGUGACCCUGAAUGAGGUAAUCCGUCAGGUCGACGUUGUCAUCACAGCGUCAGGUAAUAAGAAUGUGGUGACCCGGGACCACUUGGACCGUAUGAAGACGGGCUGUGUGGUGUGUAACAUGGGGCACUCCAACACUGAGAUUGACGUGGACAGCCUGCGCACCCCCGAGUUGACCUGGGAGAAGGUACGGUCCCAAGUUGACCAUGUCCUCUGGCCUGAUGGGAAAAGGAUCAUCUUGCUGGCUGAGGGACGUCUGGUGAACCUGAGCUGCUCCAGUGUCCCCUCCUUCGUGGUGUCCAUCACAGCGGCCACCCAGGCCCUGGCACUGAUAGAACUCUUCAAUGCACCCGCCGGCCGCUACAAACAAGAUGUCUACCUCCUGCCCAAGAAGAUGGAUGAGUAUGUGGCGAGCCUCCAUCUGCCAGCCUUUGACGCCCACCUGACGGAGCUGAGUGAUGAGCAGGCCAGGUACCUGGGCAUCGGGAAGGCUGGGCCCUUCAAACCCAACUACUACAGGUAUUGAGACAUCAAAGAGGAUGAGGAGGACCCAGAGGCAGUUGCCAUGACAACCAACAGCUGCCCGUUACAGGAUGUACCAGACAGUCCCACUUCAACCAAUCGCUGCUAACAGGACCUGUCGACGGAUUUUGGGCUCACACCAAAGGCAGCCAAAAAAUCCUCCUCAGAUAUAUAAUGGUCUGCACCGUUUAGGGCAUUACGGUAUUCACCCUAUGAAAUCAAAGCACACAUGACAGGGAACAUGAUUUGUAUUACCACUAUUAGAAUAAACAAGAUGAAACGUAGUCAAAAAGGAAAAUUUUCGGAGUAAAUCUAGAUAGCUAUUGUGCAUUUAUGGGGAAAUACAGUACUCUAGCCUUGAAUGCAAGAUCAGCUUGUGUGCCAAGACGAGAUGUAGGAUUAUCACUAGCAGGUGUUGCUUGGAGCAAGAAAUGGCACACGGAUAAAAUUUCAUGCAAGUCUACAUAAUACUGCAAGCUGUAGCUUACUGCUAUGUACAAAUGUACUACCUCUAGGGCCGCUGCUGCCUACUACUACUGACUGGAGUGAGAACUGCCAGGCAUAAUGGUUUCAGAGACUGUCAGGGAUAGUCUUUAAAGCGUAGUUCACCUGAACCACUUCUACAGAGCUGAAAUGUCCUCGUAAGAGAGUUGCGACGAUUUAGGUGCCGCAAUUUCAGGUUGACUCUUUGAUGAGGAUCUCUUGGCAACUUGGAUCACAAUUCGAUCUGCAACAACGUGAUUGCAUACACACACAUGUAGCUCUCACACAACUUUUGCUAUUCUGAAGAAACAUAUUGUAGUUUUCUGAAAGCUAGUCGAAAUUCACGGACCAUACUGUGAAUCUUUGGUCUUAUUUUCGUGGUGAUCUCUUACCAUGAAUUCAUGACACCACGAGUACAUAUAGGAGUUUUGAAUAAUUUCAACCGUGAACUUCAAACACUGAAAUUAACUUUUUCAAGCACUGAAAUUAAGUUCCCACAAAAAUAGCCUAAUUUACAGCAAUGCAAGGAAAGUCUAAAUAAAAACCAGGGUUUUCCCAAAAGCACAAUAUUUUGCUAUUUGUUUCUCCUCAGAUACAUUAUGCCAGGUUGUUUUCAGUCUUUUCUCACAGCAAACAGUUUCUAGAAGCCAUCUUAACACAAAAAGCAGGUGGAGAGGCAAUCCUAGCACAGACAACUUGCUUCCUGUCCUCCUGCAAAGAAAAGUAAUUCUAUUUUAUAGUAGUAGUAUAACUAGCCACAGAGGAAGACCUAGCCGUGUAUAUUUAGAGUCAACCUAAAACGUGACCGUACGUAUGUGGUGGAUUUAAACAGAUCAUUCUGGUGUGCACCAAAAUUCUACAUUGAGUUAGAUUGGAGUGACAGUACAAUAUAAUGCACAGAUUGUUUUAGUAACUAAAAAUUAAAGUUAAUACAACUCUUAAUAAAAUGUAAAAUCAUCAAUGUUUACUUAAAGAACUUGUGACAGAAUAAAGAGAAGGAAGAACUAGCUUGUGAGGUCUGAGCAGAGUAUAGAUGAUAAAAGUGGGGAUGAAAUGUUCUUAAUUACUCUUGUCUUAGAUAUGUGCUCAUUUAAAAUGCAAAAAAUCAUAGAAAUCUCACCUUACCACUGGCUAAAGAAAAGUAGAGUAUAAUGCUUGUGACAUGGUUGAAGACCUUGCUUGAAAUUCUACAUGUAUUUUUCAACUUAAGUGUGGCUAGAGUCAGUGUUGGUGACAGUAUACACCCUACUGAAUGUGAUUAUUUCGAACUACAUUGUUUCAUUGUUCUAUUUAACAAUCGAUUCAACAAAUCUAGCUUAAAAAGCCUGAAUUAUACACUCUGUGGAUGAUGUUCAUUGGAAUCCUGUCUUACUUCAUUCCAAAAUUACACGCAGGAUGCUAUAACGUUAGAUAUCUGGCUAAUAUUUAGAAACAGUAAAACUAUUGGUACUUUACACUUUAUCACCAUUAACAAUCUUCUUAAUACAAAGCUCUAGUUAUCAAGAUACAAAAUCAAGGCUGAAAUUUCGGAUGUUGCGUUUCUGAUAAUGAUUUAACAUUUGUGUUUGAUUGUACAAACUAAUGAUAUUGUAUGAGAUUAUAGACAUGUGUUACCCUUUCAGUUGUCACGUGUUAGUUGUAUGGUUUCUGUGCCUCAUCAUCAGAAUGAUAUGUUCCUUAUGUCCAUGGAUGAUCAAUUUUGUGUGUCACUGCCUUAUGUUCAAAGCUCCAAAAUAAAAUUUGGAAUUAAAA